CACACGUUGCUAUUCUCAGCCCAGCAUAAGAGCAAUUGCACUGCAGCUGCUUGACCCGACGGAGACUGGCCCGCCCUAAGCCUUGACGGCUCCAACCCUCCUUGGGGCAUAUCUGCCCUCCCAUCGCCAUUCCUCGCGUGUCCUCUGCGCCAGAGUGGCAAGACCCGGCAGUCCCAUUGCCCAACAUGCCUCGAGACCUGAGUCCUACCUCUAGGAUCGCCUACUGUGAGGAGGUCAACGAAGAUGAUGACCCUAUAUCGAGGCGGACGUAUGCCAAAUCCGUCAUAUCGCCAAGCCCGACCAAGGAAAGAUCUAAUACUGGCAGAUCAAGGAAAGGCCCCUCAGGGCACUCACCUUCGUCGCCGCCAUCGUCAUACGACGGCUACUCGGACGAGGAUGCUGCUGAUCAGUUGUCAAGACGUGAGCUCGUCAAGUCAAGACCCAAGGACUCCCGGAAGAACAGCAAGUCGGGGCCCAUCGUCGUAAGCAAGCAGGGCCCCCCGAAACGGCCAGGCGUCCGCCAGUCAAAGACGACUGGCCACAUUCCUGGUCGGUCGAUAGACGAGGCGUCAUACUACGGUGUCCCCCAACAUCCACAAACUAUCGUCUCUCGCCCGCGAUCCAGGACUCGUCCAGAGAGCUAUUAUGGCCAGACUGCCCGUCAGAAUCAACGCGGCCCGCCGAUGUCGCAUUCUGCUUUCUAUAAUGGUCCUCCCCCGCCGGGCGGGUUCGCUCCGCAGCCAUUUGGACCCCCGAGCAUGUUCAAUGGCCCGCCACCGCCCCAUAUGAACCUGCCGAUGCAUCCGGGGCCACCGGGACCUCCGGGGCCACCUCUUGGGCACCCGCCUCCCAUGGAUUUCCAUGGCGGACCCCGCGAGCUCUCAGCUCGAUUCGGACGCCCACAAUCCUCUAUGGGCUUUCGGCCGCCCUCGAGCUACGAGCCCGAGCCCAUGCUCGAGCGUGGAAUCCCGCGCAAGCCCUCUGUCUCGAGGAAGAUCAGCAAGGAUCACGAUGACCGCAUGAGAAUGCCGCCACCGCCAGCACGGCCAGCUUCUGCGCGGCCUUCAAUAAGCGGCGGUGACCGCCUUGUCUUCAAGGCUCCUCCUCACGGUACCAUGAGACGCAAGUCAAGGCCUCAGGUUCUUGACGAGGACGAGGACGAUGAGUUUGACGAGGAGGAUGACAUCGUCUACAGGCCAGAUCCUCGCCGCAUCUCAUCUGGCUACGGAUCCAACGCAAACCCAUUUGCAAGCCGUCGUAACGACAGUUAUGAAGAAGAGUCAGACGGCGAUCUUUCCAGCUACAAGAGGGAACCCGCGGCUGGUCAUGCACGCCGCAGGAGCUCUCAGUUCCGCGGAGGCCUGGAUGAGAAGACCCGCAAGGCCAUGAACUAUCAGGACGGCGUCAUGACUCAAAGCCAUGGCGCGCCUCUCACCGCUGAAGCUCUGAAGUACAUCAAGAAUGGCGGAAGCACUCGUUCCACGCGGAGCACCGAGAGUCGAGACGAGAGUGACUGGAAACACUCUGCAACCACUCGCACCACCCGCUCCAGCAACGAGGAGGACGACAUCACGAUCAAGCUUCCCAGAGGAGGCGUCAUCGAAGUCGGCGGGGCCAAGAUCACAUGCGCUGCUGGUGGCGAUGUUAACAUUGGCCGAGGCAAUCGUCAUGGCAGUGAUCGUGCCACGGAGCGUGAUACUGCGACCAUCAAUGAUGAGGACGAGGAAGAGGAGGAGGAUGAUGAUGACGACUUCCCCGAGCCCAACUACAGGCGCAAGAGCCGGACCAUGCGCACGCAGAAGCGCCUUCCCGCUCCCGAGCCUCACGUGGGAUCGUAUCCUCGCAAUCGUGAUCCAAGGUCAAUGACCCACCCGCCCGCGCUUGCGCAGGUGCCAUACAACAACUAUGCGCCAAGCAGCUACGGCUCUGGCCGACGUACACCAGGACCGCGUGGCGGCCAGCAGGCUGGCGGCGUCUAUGACCCAUUCCCAUUCGUGCCGGCCUUUGAUGACGAGGACGAAUACGAAGAUGAUCAUUAUUACCCUCACCCACCGGCCUCGGGCCCGGGCUACUACAACCCUCAGUACAACUACUGAGAUGUUGAAGGAGUAGGAUGCCAGAUUGGUAACGAUGUGCAUCUUGAGGGAGGUCCUCUGUUUACGGUGUUCUUUGGCAUUCUGCAUUUCCUCUCUUAUACGUUCUCACGAAUAUUUCAUGAAGCAAGCGGAUCUGUUUACAUUUCUCUUCAUUUCU